GCGCGGUCACACACACACACUCAGCUCUCAGAGACGGUGGGAUGAGUCGAGUCGGUCGGUCAUGAGAGAAAAGUAUGUUCACACAUGGACCGCGAACAUGGAGUAUUAUGAAAGAGAGAGAGCAGGCGGCGCGGUCGGUUUCUACGUCUGAGUUCACCGGAGUGCGAGGAGGCUGCGGAGCGGACGUUAAGAACCGUUAGCUGACUAACGGCUGACUAACGGCUACGGGAUAUUUACACAACGAUGGCAACUCCCCAUCAGUGAGGAACUUUGCUGCCCUGCACCCCCUCCACCCUCUGUCCCCGACACCUUGACACAACUAUUUUCCGUCUCCUAUUUCCUUUUUGUCCCUCUCUCCAUCUUUUCCUGAAGCCCUCCAGUUCAGUCCCUCCCCCUGCCUCUGAAUCCCCCCUUUGUUUGAAACAUGGACUCCUCUGGAGAGAUACCCUCAACCCAGGAUGGACAUCUCGAGCCCAGGAGCAGCCCCGGGCGCUCUGAUCUCAGCGGACUGUACCAUCUUGGUCGGACGUUGGGCAGGGGCCACUUCGCCGUGGUCAAGCUGGCUCGUCAUGUCAGCACCAGGCAACUGGUUGCUGUCAAGAUGAUUGACAAGACAAAACUUGAUGUUAUGGCAACAAGCCACCUCUUACAGGAAGUGAGAUGCAUGAGGCUGGUGCAGCAUCCCAACGUGGUCCGCCUCUACGAGGUCAUCGACACGCCCACCACCCUCUACCUGGUCAUGGAGCUGGCCGAAGGGGGCGACCUCUACGACUACAUCCUCCGCCACGAGGGAGGUGUGGCCGAGGGUACCGCCAAGCGUCAUUUCGCCCAGAUCGUGCACGCCGUGGCGUACUGCCAUCGGCUCCACGUGGUGCACCGUGACCUGAAGCCAGAGAACGUGGUGUUCUUUCCCCAGCAGGGGGCGGUGAAGCUGACAGACUUUGGGUUCAGCAACUUAUUCCAACCCGGAACGAUGUUGGCCACCAGCUGCGGGUCGUUGGCGUACUCCGCUCCAGAGAUUCUGCUGGGAGAAGAAUAUGAUGCUCCAGCUGUGGAUAUCUGGUCUCUUGGGGUGAUCCUGUACAUGCUGGUGUGUGGAGUCCCUCCCUUCCAGGAAACCAACGACAGUGAGACUCUGGUCAUGAUUCUGGACUGUCGCUACUGCGUCCCCGAACACGUUUCAGACGACUGCAGAGACCUGAUCUCCAGGAUGCUCAAGAAGGACCCGUCUUGCCGCGCCUCACUCGAGGAGAUCGAAGCUCACGACUGGCUGCAGGGGCUGGACGACGCGCUGCUCACCCCGGAGGCCCCGCCACACUGGCUCUCAGGGGCCCUCUCUCCCAGCUCUCCCCGCUCAGGAGUACCCGAGUGUGGGGACCUGCUCGCCGCAAGGCCCCCGCCUCAACAGCCUUUCCCCGGCCCCUGGCAGCCCAGCAUCAGCUUCACCCUCCGUCCACCUCCGGCCGAAGAGCCUCCGGUCACCAAGAACCUGCCUGCGCUACAGCAGAUCUGUGAGGAAGAAGAAGAAGAAGAAGAGGAGGAGGAGGAGGAGGCUAAAGAGGGUGAAGGUUUGUCAUCUUUGUUAGAAACAGAGCCAGAAAAAGAAGCUGAGGAAAUGCUUGAUGGUGCAGAUGAUCAUGAGUGCAGGGAAGAAGAGCAAAAAGAAGAAUUAGGAGGCUUAGUGGAGAUAAUGGAGGAGGAAGAGGAGGAGCAGGAAGAGAUGGAGACGGAAAUAAAGAAAGAAGACAGUGAGUGUGUGAUUUCAGACCAGCCAGUCAGUCAUGGAGACAAGCCGGUCAGUCAGACAACUAAAGCCCCGCCAUCGUCUCUGCCUGGUUUGGGGGUACCGUGCUGUAGGGGGCAGUCGGACACCACAAGCCCAGAGGAAGGACAGGACGAGGAGACAGAACCUAACAACAACACCAACAAACCUCUUCCUCUCCUCCCUGCAUCCUCUGUGCCCUCCAUCCCUGCGUCCUCCUCCAGACUCAUCCUGAACGAGAAGGAGGCGCAAAAAACAGGAAGAGCAGGAGAACAAGACGAAAAAACAGAGGAGGGGGGAAGAGAUGACCUCUUAACAGACAGAUCUCAACCCCACAAUGCAUCAGGGACCCGGGACGAGGCUGUUCCCAGGGCGGAGCAGGGGAAACGACAUAGCUUAAAGCUGCGCGAGAGACUCUUUCAGUUCCCUCUGUGUGAGAAAGCUCUGGCCUUCAACAUACCGACACACAACAAGCCCAAGAUCCUGCCGCUGGCUCAGUACAACUGCUGCCAUGUGCUAUAAGUGAAACCAGCCUGUGAUGUGCUGCUCGCUCACUUGGGAUAUGCAGACUGGUUAGCAGUGGGCAGGUGGCUGGCUUCACUUUGUGAAGUGGCAAACUGCCGAGCUCCAUGCUGAGCCUUUCUGCUGCAGAGACCUCGAGGCAGGAGAGCAGCAAACACCAAGCGUGCAGGACGGGACGUGUACAGCUUCAUACCUACAACACCCGGCUCUAGCAUUGGCUCAUGUAAUAAACAUUGUGUUAAGCUAGAGGUGGUGUACAGCACAGUAGUCGGACUUAGUAGAACCUCAUGCAUUUGCUGCUGUUACGAGGAGCAACCAUAGAAUUACAAUGACUAGACUGUGUCCAAUCUGUAGCUUAGGACCAAUACUGCACCAAUGAGUGAUGACCCUGAUGAAGGCCACAGGCCGAAAUGUGUUGGUCUAACGCUGUGUUCAGACCAAGAGCGAAGCGAAUUUUUGCUUUACUCACGCGAGUUGUAUCAUUUGUGUUAAUUUGCGCUAGACGCGUUGUCGCCAUAGAUACCAACAACUUUUCUUUCCGUCAUUUCCACCAUCAACCAUGGGAGAAAUAACCACGGUUGCUGCUCUGUAUAUGUUGUGGAAGUCCCAGAUAUGUCAGAAAACCACCCGGCGGUGAGCUGUAUUCACAUUCAGUGCCAUUGCACUGACUGUAUCUAGCGAGCCACACGUCGAUACUGCGGAAUGAACCCAAAAUAUACACAUUGUGAUGUGAUUUAAUUUCAAUACACAUAUCAAAAGGAUGCUGAUAUGACAACAUAUGAUGCCGAUUUGUCUGAAUUCAUGCUUUGUCAGGUCUGUCCGCAAGACGACAAGCAAACGACUUGUAAAAUGCUUGUUUUCUGAAUGGAGUUUGGAUCGAUCAGUGCCAGGCUUUGUAGCUGCUCCAUCAACACUCAAGAUAAAGUCAUGUAGGCAUAAAUACGGGAGCGACAUUGUUGUUUCUACCAUAAACAGUCUGGGGUUUACACACAUAAAUUUAUACACAGAGUUUCGUCCGGUCUCUUUCCAAAUAUGAUGAACUAUUGUAGCUCUAUGUGCCCACAGAGAGCAGCAAUAUUUCUUUCCUCCAAUUUCCUCACUUUUUUUCGUCCACGUCAGUGACGACCGGAGGAGAAUCUCAACACUGAGGGUUUCGCGACACAGCGUCAGCAGAUUUCUUGCUCAAGUUGAAAUAUUUCAACUCACGCAAAUGAGGCAAAUUUUGCAUGUUCGCGUUGCACGAAUUUGCGUCUGUUCGCCUCUUUGCAUUGACUUUGUAUGUAAUUGCGCCAUGCCAAAAGUUUGCUUCGCUCUUGGUGUGAACACACCAUUACAAUAAAGUUGUUCUAUAUACUACAAGUGUUGCUGGAGAUUUGACCUCCUCAGACAAUACUGGACCUACAGGAAGGAUGA